CCCUUUGGCCUCUCUCUUUCGUCGAAGACAAAUGGAAAACUUUUAUUCAAGCUCUUCUUCUUUUUCUUCCAACUCCAUCAAAAGUACUCACGACGUGUACCUAAGUUUUCGAGGUGUAGACACCCGAAAUGGUUUCACGAGUCAUCUCUAUUCCGCUUUGAUCCGCAAAGGAAUUCUAGCCUUCAUGGAUGUCAAACUACAAGAGAUGGUAGGUGAAGACAUGGCCUCAGCAGUUUUUAGAGCAAUAGAAGAAUCAGAGUCAUAUAUCGUUGUUCUCUCAGAAAACUAUGCUUCCUCAACUUGGUGUUUGAAUGAAGUAGUCAAGAUCAUCGAAUGCACGGAAGGCACGGAGAAGAUGAUUUUGCCCAUUUUCUAUCAUGUGAAUCCAUUUGAUGUGCGGAAGCAGACUGGACGUUUUGGAAAAGUAUUCUCGUUUUAUGAAGAACGUUUUAGCGAUGAUACCCAAAAGGUUUGGAGCUGGAGGAAUGCAUUAAGAAGGCUUGCUAGCAUAUCUGGAUGGCAUAUAGACCAUACAAGAGAUGAAGCCAAAUGCAUACACCGAAUAACAGCGGAGAUAUUCGAAAGAGUAACUUCCCUUAGGAAGACAGAAAAAGCAACCAAGAGAUCAGAAGAAAAAGUAGAAGAGAUAGACAGCACUACUUUUGAUUCAUCUGUUUCUCAAUCUUCUUCUUCCAACUUCAUAAAAACGUACGACGUGUUCAUGAGUUUUAAAGGCGAAGACACCCGCAGCGGUUUCACGAGUCAUCUCUAUUAUGCUUUGAGCGAAGAAGGAAUUCUGACCUACAUGGAUGAUGUCAAACAACUGGAGAACGGCGAAGGCAUUUCGUCGACAUUGUUGGAAGCAAUUGAAGAAUCAGAGUAUUUUAUUGUCAUUCUCUCAAAAAACUAUGCUUCUUCUGUUUGGUGUUUGACUGAACUCGUCAAGAUUAUAGAGUGCGUGCAAAUCUCGGGCAGGAAAAUUUUUCCAAUUUUCUAUCAUGUAGCACCAGCUGAAGUUAGGAAUCAGCGAGGAACUUUUGGAGAAGUUUUCCGAAAACAUGAACAACGUUUUAUCCACGACUUGGAAAAGGUGCAGAGCUGGAGGUAUGCAUUAAGAAGGGUGGCCGAUAUAGCUGGAUGGCUAAUAGACGGCUAUAGCAGAAAGAGUGAAGCAGAAUUCAUAGAACAAAUAACAGCAAUGGUAUCAAAAAGAGUUGCUGAUGUUGUAGCCAAAAAAACUUCAAUUAGCAAGAAAGAAAAAGCAACCAAGAGAUCAAAAGAAAAUGUUGAAGAGAUAAAAAUUGUAGCUGUAGAGGGCUUACCUGGGAUGGAUUCACUUGUGAAUGAUUUUCAUUCAUCUGUUUGUCAAUCAUCAGCUGAUGUUCGUUUUAUUGGAAUUUUCGGAACGAGUGGAAUUGGCAAGACAACUCUCGCAAGAACUUAUUAUCAGUUGAUAUCCCAAAAAUUUGAAGGUAAAAGCUUCCUUAAAAAUGUUAGAGAAGUUAGUAAAAAGAAGGAAAAUGGUCUUGUCUUCUUGCAAACACAACUUCUUUCAGAGAUUUUUAAAGAUAAGUCUAUAACAGUAGGGGAUGUUCAUAAUGGAAUAGACAUGAUAAGGAAUAGUUUAUGCCAUAAAAAAGUUCUUCUUGUUCUUGACGAUGUGGACAAAUUGGACCAACUAAAAGUACUAGCUGAGAAAGAUAGUUGGUUUGGUUCGGGAAGCAUAAUUAUCAUAACAACUAAAGAUGAAAGUUUGCUAGAAGAAGUGUAUAAAGGAAGUUUGUUAUACAGAGUCAAUAAACUAGAUCGUAGAGAAGCUCUUCAACUUUUUGCUUGGAAAUCCUUCAAGAGUAUUUAUCCUCCAGAGAAUUACAUCACUCUGUCUAGACAAUUGAUAGAGUAUGCCAAUGGUGUUCCAUUAGCUCUUGAACUAUUGGGUUCCUUCUUAUGGACCAAAGAUAAAAGAGAAUGGGCAGAUACAUUGGAUAGGCUCAAAAAUUACUAUAAAAAAGUGCUAAAGAUUGAUGAUAUACUUCAAAUAUGCUUCGAUGAAUUGGAGGAGCUAGAGAAACAUAUUUUCCUCGAUAUUGCUUAUUUCUUCAAUGGAUAUGAUAAAAAUUAUGUUAUGCAAAUUAUGGAAAACAGUGGUUUCCGAGCAAGAAUUGGGAUAAGAAUUCUUAUUGACAAGUCUCUCCUAAGACUUGAUCAGAAUGAUAACACACUUUGGAUGCACGAGUUGAUACAAGAGAUGGGCCAGGAAAUUGUUCGAAAAGAAUGUCGGAAGGAACCUGAAGGACGAAGCAGGCUAUGGGAUUUGCACUUUUGCCCCUAGUUUAGAGCUCAAAAUGGGAACAGUCUAAGACGAUGGCAUAGUAAUGUCUUUAACUAGAAGGUAACUUACAAUUAUCAAGAAUUUUUCAAUCUAAAUCUUACAUCCUCUUAUCCUUCUAAAAAUGUCUAUCACUUUUCCCUCAAAUUAAGAAGAGUUUAUCAAGUGUUAGAUUGAAUUUUCUCAUUGAAUUUCUUUCCUUCACGUGCAAAGGAGAAGCUUUGGAUGAUGCUACCAACAUUUCUAUAAAGAACUCUCAACAGAUACCAUCUUCAGGACCUGCAUUCAGCAAAAUCUUUGCUUUGAGUUCCAUUCAUUUCAAAAUCAAGUUAUUGCUAAUUGUGAUUCCAAAAUUCCAGUAUCUUGGAUUCUUUUUGCCUUAUUGGAAAGUGAAGUGGCUAAGUUUUAUCCUAUUAUAGUUUGGAUACUAGCUUAAGACUUCAAGUCCUGUAUGAGACGUGCUUUCUUUUUUUUUUUUUUUUUUUCCCUCAGACCAUUAAGACUGGAAAGUCCUCUGAGUUCAUAUUAAAUUUUUGUGGACAAAUGCGCCAACUUGUGGGUUUAUCCUCUAAACACUCAAGCUCAAAGUGUCUUAAAUUUUCAUUGAACUCAAUGUUCUUCUUCAAAAUAAAUACAACAAAAAAACUAGAAAAACAAAAAAAAUCAAUAUCAUGAUUCUUAUAUGUAUCAACAAAA